UGCGCAAUAAAAGCGAACCGGCCGGCGGAAGGCGGAGCGAAAACAACCAUUUGGCGUCGGUAGCUUCGAGGGUCUUUGCCUUUUCAAGCCCUUCGGCCGGAAGAUGCACAACUAUCAAACCACAUCGGAGAAAGAGGAAGUGGGCGAGGCGAGCCUGCGGAUUUCGGCUCAGUCGUCUGGAAUUGCUGCACAAGUCGGUUGCUUCGCGUCUUGGCUCUCCUUCCAAUGACCUGCAAGGUGACGAUCUCCUCUCCUUUGAGGCUCGUUGAAAUGGUUCGAUUCGUGUUAGCUGGGGUGAAUUCAAAAUGAUGCGAUGAAAUGGAUGGAUCUAAUAGCGUCAUUUGGCAGGAGGAUGUUGCAGCAGGUGCACCAAGCAGGAGUCUCUUCAGGCCCUUCGGCAUCCCGCCCUUAGGACUGCCAAAACUUUGGUAUGUCUGCCUGGGUGGAAAGUGGGCAGUCUUUCUCCAGAUGAGCAAUGUUGUUUAUAUUCUCUCAAUGGAAAGGUAUUCACCAACCUACCAAGAAAGAAGAAAGCAACUUAUUAAUGACUGGAAGCCAAAGAGAAAGGAAGAGAGAGAGAGAAAGAAUGGAUUGAAAAUGGUGAUGUUACAGAAGCCUCUUGAUGAUACAGUAUUUAUGUGAUGCUGGAUAACAAUGAAAUUGACACCGGUGGAAUAUGGGCAAUUUGGCAGCAUCUUAUGUGGGUGAGAAAGAGAUGAGGGGAUCAUGUGGUCUCAUUGCUCCAAAACCCAUAUUUUGUGCUUCUUUCUGGCACUGUUGGCUAUUUUGGCAUUAGUCCACAACUUUUAUCAACUAGAGAAUCUCAAUACCGCAGGUUUUAAGUGGUUGGUAGAAGAGGAUGAAUCACAACCCUCAUUGCAUACAACUGGAACACACAGAAAGCUGUACUGUGGUUAUGAGCAUCAGGUUUUGUCCAAGAUUGAACAAAAGGAAGAAGAAUCUUUAUUUGCUGCUGUACAGUGGCCCAAACCUCCUGAGAACAAAGUCCCCUUUGUAAGGAGUACUGACCCUUUCCAUAGUAACUUUAUGAUACUAAAUAGUAAUGCAAAUUACAGAGUUGGUGAUCAGCUGGAAGUACUUGUCCAUAUGAAGGAUUAUGACGGAAAUCCCAAGCAAUAUGGUGGCGAUUAUCUUCAGUCAAGAAUUCAUUCUGCCGAUCUGAAAGCAGGAGCCAUUGGAAGAACUGUAGAUUAUCAGAAUGGCUCAUACAGAAUCUUUUUCAAAUUACUUUGGCCAGGGGAGGUCACAGUAUCUGUGUCCUUGGUUCAUCCUAGUGAAGGAAUCCAACUCCUUUACCGUUUACAAGAAGAAAGACCAGACAGGGCCUAUUUUAAAAGCUUAUUCAAAUCAGGAAGGAUUUCAGAAAUUACUAUAUGCAAUGUGUGUUUGCCUGGAGACAUGCCAGUCUGUAACUUUACAGAUAGGUAUACUGGAGAACCAUGGUUUUGUUACAAGCCAAGAAGACUCUCCUGUGAUACUAGGAUCAACCAUUUUAAAGGGGGACUUAAAAAGGGCCUUUUAACUUCAGAAGAGAGUAACUUUUUCCAAAGUGGUGUGAAUAUAAAAAUGCCAAUACCUUCCAUUGGGCCUGAUACUGUGAUUGUAAGACCUUUGGGGCAUGGAGAACUGAACAGUCUAGAAAGUUCUCACAACUCUGAUGUAUUUCCUUCUGGUUAUUAUUAUCAAGAUGAAUGGCAACCAAGGACACGGUUGAUUCGGCAUUUUAAUAAGUCAUCAGAUAUUACUGAAUGUUUACAGGGAAAACUUAUUUACUUGUUUGGAGACUCUACAAUCAGACAGUGGUUUGAAUACCUGACAAAAUUUGUUCCAGAUCUUGUGGAAUUAAACCUUGGAAGUUCUAAGAAAGUUGGUCCUCUCAUGGCUGUGGAUCCAAAGCACAACAUCUUACUAAAUUUUCAUUGCCAUGGCCCUCCCCUUCGUUUUUUCACAGUUUUUACCAGUCAACUGCAUUAUAUUGCCAAUGAACUGAAUCGUAUUGUUGGUGGGAAGAACACUGUGAUAGCCAUAACUAUUUGGUCUCACCUUAGCACUUUUCCUAUAGAAGUGUACAUCAGGAGAUUGAGAAAUAUUCGCAGGGCAGUUGUUCGGCUAUUGGAACGGAGCCCAAAAACUUAUAUAGUCAUCAAAACUGCCAAUGUUCAAGAACAUGGCCCAGAAGUUAGCCUUUUCAACAGUGACUGGUAUGCCUAUCAGCGUGACACAAUAAUGAGGAAGAUGUUCUCAAAAAUUGGGGUGUACUUUGUGGAUGCUUGGGAGAUGACACUGGCUCACCGUUUGCCACAUAAAUUACAUCCAGAAAAUAUUAUUCUCAAAAAUCAGUUAGAUGUUUUGUUGUCUUUUAUAUGCCCACUGGAAACACACUACAGGUUCUUAACUGGUAUACAUAAUCAAAUGUGGUCUAUAUUUGUAUAAUUCAGCAUUCUGCACUAUUAAAUGAAGCAUUGCUGAUUUGUUGUGGUCAGAAUUUGCAUCACAUCUAGCACAACUUGCACAAAAGCAAGCACAUUUAUAUUUACUGGGGGCAGGGAGAAUUCUGUAUGUGCAUUACGUUUUUACACUGGCCCAUGUUCCUCCCCAACCUCCUCACUGUCCGACUCCGCUGACAGCUUUGCAGGCUGCUGGCAGACCACAACAUCCAACCUUCCCCUUUUAUGAUGCAUGUAUUGGUGUAUUCAGGUUCUACACCUCACUUGUAUAAAAUAUUUUUUUUAACUAGGGCUAAGCACACUUCAGACAUUAUCAAGAAAAAGUGAUUUGGAACUUAGGUAAACACUAAGCCUUUUUUGUGUUCAUUAAAACAGCCAUGCCUGAAAAAAAUACAGCAGUGAUAAUCACCUCCAAAAUAAAAGGGAAUAUUCUUCUGUUUUUCCUAUUGGCCUCAGCUUCUUGUCUGAUUACUAAAGAGUUAGAGCUAGAACAAGAACAAAAAAAUAAUAGGCAAGUUUUUGGAAGAAUUUUGGUAAGGAUAGAUGCAAUUAAGGCAGACAUUACAGUUAUUUUUCAUCACUGUUUUAACUGUGAAUAAUCUUUAUGCAAAACAAUCGUUAAAGGAGGAUUACCUGUAUUAAAAUCACAAUAAAUAAUUAUGAGAAGUGAUAAUGAUAUCAAAAGAUUAAUAAACACUGCAUUCUUUUGUCCAAUACUUUUGCCUUUAAAGGUACCUUUAAUUCUUGACAUAAGCUAUUACAUGCUUCUUUCCUGGAGGGCGAGAAUGAUUGACCAUUGUUUUUGUGUAAAUUUUCAUAAGUAGGAACCUUAGCAGCCAAAAAGGAACAAUCAUAUUUGACCCAUGCUAUGUGACCUUGAUCCUAUUUUCAUGCCAAAAAGUAAGUAAGCCUAGAAAUUAAUUUCUGUUCUGUCCACAAAAGUAUCUAAAUCUAAAAGAAAUGGCACAGAAUUAAAUAUUCCUUAUCUUAAAUGUUCUAAAAAUUCCAUAUAGCCAAUUCAUAAUUGUUUAUUUUCAAGUCAGAGAAGUACUAAAAAGAUCUUCAUGAAUCAGACUAAAGCUUGCAUAUUGCAAUGUUAUAGGUAGUCGUCCUCUUACAACCAUUCAUAUAAAUCGAACCAAUAAAUAAAUAAAUUGUGGUUGUAAAUUGAGGACUACCUGUACAAGAUCUUAACUUCCAUGUCUGAAUCUGUCACAUCCCAUGCAAUGGCCUCUUGAUUUCCUGCCUUAGUUUCACCAUCUACAAGUUCAUUUCUCUUGAAUUGUUAAAUGGGAAUAAAUUUUAAUUCUAGUAUGACAUUCAAACUGAAACGUUUCCUCAGUUUCUUCAAAAGACAGAUAUUCCGGGGCAUAAUAUCUUUAUAAGGAGUUCACCUGACAUGGGAUUAUUUUUCAGUUUUCAAUACAAGAUAUAUUUCAUCAUUUUUAAUCACUGUACUUUUAAUCACUCAGAUAAAUUACGUUUACUGGUAUAUUUUCUCAUGUAUAUUUUCUCUUGUUGCUUGCCCUUCAUCCUCUUUGUAAAAGGCAUUUUUUCAUGGUAAUUCUUGAAAUUCUGCUUUAUCCGCAGUGUUGGCAGAUUAUAGUAAUGCAAGGGCAUUUCUGCUACAUCAGGUAAGAAGCAGACUCUUCCCCAGGUAAUGACCAGGUUUGAAGGUCAUGUUCCUUCCUGUUUGCUGGCCAUGUAUGUCUGCAUGAAGAAUACCAAUGUUAAAAAUAAUGGAAGUGAUUUUGAAGUGAGAUUUUAGGCUUCCUCAUCUACUGCUACUUUGCAAAAUGGAGAUCUACAUGUCAAACUUGAGAAUUGAAAGUUUCUAUGAUUCAUUGUUGCAUGAUAACAGUUUUAAAAAUACACUUCUCAGUGGUGAAUGUCUGCAAUGUUUGAUAGAUAUAUGGAAACAUUUAAUAUUUUACCAGUAAUAAUACAAAAAAAUCUGAGUUUAUAACCAUUGUGAUUAUUACUAUUAACAUGCAGAAAAUACUUAAUUUUCCUGUAAACAAUGGAUUUUAUGAGCUAACAGUUGGCUGUCUGAUGACUUUACAGCAAUCAUUAAUCGCACAUUUGUGUAAAAAUUUUAUCAAUCAAAAUGUGUAUUAUUUUUAAUUUAUUAAAUAAAUAUUAAAUUUGUACUUUA